UUAGUCUGGGAUCAGCAAGCAAUAUUAAUUAAAUAAAUCAAUUAAUUAAAUACGCUUUAAAUAUUUCAUGAAUGUGUGUGAAUUUGAUUGCAAAUGUACAAAUCAUUUAUUAUAAGUUUAGUUUUGGCAUUCAUAUGCUUCGGACUAUUCGGAAAGUGUGCCCUACAAUUUUCGCCAGUACAGAAUCCAAGAAUUGUAGGAGGCACAACGAAUGUGAUAAGUAACACACCAUAUUUGGUGCAAUUACGUGUAAAUGGUGAAUUUAGUUGUGGUGGGUCUUUAGUAACGCAACGGCACGUUGUGACAGCAGCUCACUGCACCGUUGGUCAUAAUUCGCGCAGUAUAAUAGUGGUAGGCGGUGCUACUUAUCUAACAGAUACGGGCGUAAGACGUAACGUUGAAAGAAUCUUUACUUCAAGUUCCUUUCAAGCUCGAACCUUAAAUAUGGAUGUAUCUGUUUUAAAACUGAGCACUCCAAUGACUGGUGCUAAUAUAAAGACAAUUCAGUUAUGUAAUUCGAAUUGGAAAGUUGGAGAUCAAGUCACAGUUUCUGGUUGGGGAUUAACUACUGAAUCUAAUAAAAAUCCAUCAAAUCGUAUACGAACGGUAAAUUUACCGCUCAUAUCAAAAAAGGAUUGUAAAAGUAAAUACGGUUCACAUAUUACUGUAACAAAAUCUAUGUUUUGUACAUUGGCCCCUGGCAAAGAUGCCUGCUCUGGCGAUUCUGGUGGUCCAGCAGUAUUUAAAGGUCAACUUUGCGGUAUUGUUUCCUGGGGUGCAGGUUGCGCACGUAAAAAUACGCCUGGUGUUUUUACAAGUGUUAAAUAUGUUAAACCAUUUAUUGAUAAAUCAAUAAAAAUAUAAUAAAAAU